CGGUGACGUCUGACAGCUACUGCUGGCUCAGCUGUCCAGCCGCUGUGGUCGUCCGAACGCACCCAUUGAUUCAGAAGCCGAAGUCGAUGUUGCAAUGGAACAAAAGUUCCAAAAAGUGAUGUUAUUUGAUAUUGAUGUGUGUAUGUAAUUUUCACUUAUAUCCUGUUCGAAUGUUUAAUCUGGAUAUAGACGAUAUUUGUAUUAUUUUUACUAUUAUUAAAGUGCAUCGACAAUCAUUCAUUUUUGUUUGAUAAGAUUUAAAAAAAAUGGGAAAUGGUUCUUCUGGUUAUAAUACUCUUAAUCUUACUACCACUAGUUCUUUACGACUACUUUACUACCGCAAUUGCUCCUCCUGCAACUUUGAAUAUCUUUAAUGAUAUAGCACUAACUAGUUCUAGAAAUGAUUUAGACAGAUCGUCAAUCCCCGAUAAAGCUUCCACAGACAGUGCAUCAAUUCAUCCUAAAGCUAUUACAGAUAAUACUACCAGAACUCCUGGUUGUGGUGUUACAAGCUCUAAAACUAAUCUGGAAAGAUCAGAGACUAGACGAGAUAAUAACGAAACACUGGCAUCAUCUGGAGGAGAUUCAAGUUCAUCAAGAAUGAUAAAUCAACAUUUUAUGAAACAUACGAACACAACCGCCCUUAUACCAGUACGCAAAAAUCCAGAAAUAUUAACACAUGUAUUCAAUAUUUUAUACAAUUUUAAUAUAAAAUUGACUAAUGAUGUAUUUCAAUUAGAAAGUCUGAGAGAAGAGUCCUGGGAAUAUCAACGUAUUAAGAGCAUAUUUUUUCAAUCUAAUAAAAGUUUCUGUAAAUUACAUAGCAUCGAGAAAGUACACAAUCCUUAUCUUCAACUACAUUACGCACUUAAAAAAGAUGAAUACAUUCGUAAAGGAAUCCGUUACAUGGAAACAAUGCUGUUCCACGGAACAAGGAGAGCAAUUAUUAAAGAUAUUUGCCGAAAUAAUUUUAACUGGAGAUUAACAGGUACCGCUUUUGGUUCCAGAUUCGGACAAGGCGUAAACUUUGCAUCUGAAGCUUACUUUGCAACACGUUUCUGUGACUGUGGAGGUAAAAAAGUGAUGAUAAUAGCUCAUGUUUUAAUUGGUUACAGCUGUAGAGGAUAUAUUGACAUGGUGAUACCACCGAAUAAUUUUGAUACCAGCACAAACGACAAGCAGAACGUAUACGUUAAAUACGACGAUAAUAAUUUCUAUCCUUCUUACCUUAUUCACUUUGCUGAAUAAGAUUACAAGAAAAAGAAUCGACCAAGUGUCACUGAAAGUUUUAAUAUUUAUUAUAAACUGAAUAUUUAUCUAUAAUGUUUAUUUAUUUAUAAUGUUUAAUAAUAUCAUGCUGAAUAAAGAAUAUUUAACAAUU